AUGCUGGUGGAACUAGGAAUCCAAUCUGUGGAAAUCCUGGGAGAUUCAAUGCUGGUAUUAAAACAGAUUGCUGGGGAAUACAAGUGUCUUAGUCCUUCUCUAGCUGUAUAUUUAGUGGCAGCUAGGAAUCUUCUGACAGAAUUUAGAAAAGCUACUUGGGAACACAUCCCAAGGGAGGAAAACUGUGCAGCCAAUGAACUGGCCCAAGUAGCAACAGGUAUACAAAUGCCUAAAGACUGUGUACAGAGGAUCAUCAAGGUGGGAAAGAAAAGCCUGCCAUCAGUUUUGACCAGGGGGAUGGAGAUAGAUGUCAAUUCUGCCAUAAUCAUUGAAGAUGAUUGGAGAAAUCCUAUCAUAACCUACUUGCAGUAUCCAACCUUACCUUCUGAAAAAAGAGUCAGAAUCAUGGCUUUGAACUAUCUUAUGUGGAAUGAAGAUUUGGUCCGAAAGAGUAAGGAUGAGGUGCUUUUAAGGUGCCUCAGAAAGAAAGAAUACAUGAAAGUCAUGGGGGAAAUUCAUGAAGGAAUCUGUGGAGCCCAUCAAGGUGGGAGGAAAAUGUGCUGGUUAAUUAGAAGGUAUGGCUACUUCUGGCCAACCAUGAUGAAAGAUUGCAUUGACUAUUCCAAGGGGUGUGAGUCUUGUCAAAGACACGGCCUAAUCCAGCAGACUCUUUCAGUUCUCAUGAAUCCAGUGGUAAAGCCAUGGCCCUUUCGAGGAUGGGCAAUGGACCUCAUUGGCAAGAUCUAUCCAGCCAGCAGCCAGCAGCAUUGUUUUAUCAUUGUUGCCACAGACUAUUUCACUAAGUGGGUAGAAGCCAAGCCUGUUAAAUCCACUACAUCCCAAGAGAUCAUCACUUUCAUAGAAUAA